AAAACCUCAACUGAAAAUUGAAAAUACAGUUAUAGACAGACCAGAGCAAGAAGGUGAACAAAUGGCUAUGGCCUUCUCCCUUUUUUCAAGCCCAUCAUCUUCUAUAUCAUUAUUUCGCCCAAAAUCUCCAUCCCAUUUCAGUUCAUCACCUUCUUGUAUAAGAAUUAUGAAGCACCAACCUUCAAUGGAAGCUUUUCAUCCAUUGCCGUUGCCAAGAAAGCUGGUGAUCCGACACCGUUUUGCAGGUCGUCUACCUAUGCAGUUCAAAUCCUUCUCGAAAAGACAAUCCACUGAACAAAUAGAGCAAGCCAAAGCCGCAGAAGGAGAGGAAGAAAAAGUUUAUGAAUUUGAGAGGCUUUUUUCCAAUCUUAAUCAAGCAACUUUAAAAAGGGACCCCGGAAGUCUUAGCAGUGCUAUAUUUCUAGUAGCUGGCACAACUGUAGGCGCAGGGAUACUUGCAAUUCCUGCAGUUACUCAAGAAGCUGGAUUUUUGGCCUCUGCCAUUGUCUGCAUUCUCGGCUGGAUAUUUAUGGUUGUGACUGGAUUACUCAUUGCUGAAGUGAAUGUGAAGACAAUGUGUGAAUUGGGUUCUGGUGGUGUGUCACUGGUUUCUAUGGCCAUGAGAACUCUUGGGACUGCUGGUGUACAAAUAGCUUGCUGGUCGUAUAUGUUCAUUCAUUAUGCCCUACUUGUUGCAUAUGUCGCUCGUUCAUCAGAUAUUUUGACAAAUUUCCUAGGCGUUCCGGUAUGGGAAACUGCAACUUUGUUUUCACUCCUUUUUGGAGGAAUUUGCUUCUUUGGCAGUCAGCGGCUUAUUGGAGCAGUAAAUGGUGCUCUUGUUUUCGGUAUCAUUGCUUCUUUCACCGCUCUUGUGGUUGUUGCUAGUGGGGAUUUGCACUGGGAAGCUCUUUUAAAAACAAACUAUGAAGCUGCUCCUCAAAGUAUACCCAUUAUAGCUCUUUCUUUUGUUUACCAGAAUGUAGUGCCAGUCAUUUGCACAAAUCUGGAAGGAAACAUGUCAAAAGUUAGGACAGCCAUUGUGCUGGGCACAGCAAUUCCCCUUGCUCUUUUUCUUAUAUGGAAUGCAGUUAUACUUGGAACAAUCCCAGCUCUUGAAAUGGGCUCAGACAAAAUUUUUGACCCUUUACAACAACUGCGGUCCACAAACGGUGUUGUUGGGCCUAUAGUUGACAUAUUCUCACUUCUUGCAAUUGCAACUUCCUACAUUGGAUUUGUUUUGGGUCUUACAGACUUCCUUGCUGACUUGCUGAAGUUGCCUUCUGGUCAGAACAGUCCUUUGCCAUAUAUACUUACAUUGGUUCCGCCAUUGAUACUGUCAUUGCUUGAUCCAGAGAUAUUCUUCAAAGCAUUGGAUUUUGCUGGAACAUAUGGAGUUCUGGUUUUGUUUGGAAUUCUACCUGCUGCAAUGUCCUGGUCAGACAGAUAUUCUAAAUCAUCAGAGUCUCCCAAGCUCCCCCUGCUGGUCCCUGGAGGAAAGCUCACCCUUUCACUUGUGAUUGGAAGUGCAGGGUAUGUCAUUCUUUCAGAACUAAUUGAGAAUCUUGGGCACCAGUUGUGAGAAUCAAGUUGAAGUUCUUUCUGUUAGUGGGAAGAAUUAACUGCUCACUUGAAAUAUCUGUAACAUCCAAUGUGGUAAACUCUCUCAAAUUUAAUAAUUUUUGCUUCUCGUUCAACAUUUACAACUCCAGUUGUGUUCCAUAUCUGGAUUCUUUCUUUUCCCUGAGUGCCAAGCAUAUUUGGAUA